UUUCGCGUUGGUCGCGCCGCGCAGGCGCGUACGCACGCCCGACCAAGAUGGCGGCUAUUUUCCAACUUUAAAUUCAAAUUUCAAAUACCUGAAAUACUUUUGUUUUUAAACGCUUAAAGAUCCAAUGACUUGCAAAUAGUUCGGUUUACGUGUUCGCGAACGGUGUCCUAAAGAAAUCGGAGUGCCUUUAUUGUGACUCAAUUUUCCUAGUAGUAACAGUUGUUAUGACUCAAUGACUUUAGUGCCAUAUGGUUGUGUCUUUAUUCUUGUGAUUCAUCUCAGCAAAAUGGUGUGAGCGUCAGAGAGACUUUUCUGAAUAAAUCCUCAGAUUUUGCUAUUUGCUUACGGCCACAGCCUAGUAAGGUUCGAGAGCUGACAUUACUUGCGGUCGACCUUACUUAACAGGUGAGGCCGCGGCGUCCACAAGAACAUGCUGCUAAGAUUGCCUUGCCCCUUCACGCAGUCCUCGCUGGCCAGUCUAAGACAAGCGCCCUCCGGCCCGGCCUGGUGGAACAUGAUGAACGGCGUCGGCGGCGCGCUGUACGAGGAGCACGCGUCGCCGCCCGGCGGCUCGCCCCCCGCCGCGGCCGCGCAGCCCCCGUCCGCGUCCAGCGCCUCGCCCGCGUCCGUGGGCUCCAACCCGCCGCAGCCGCUGCACAUCCCGGCCAAGCGGUACAACGACCCGGAGCCGGGCGUCAUCCGGCACGCGCAGCAGCCGUGGGGGUACCCGCCGGACGCGCCGGCCGGCUUCGAGCACCAGUACCCGGCCGGCCCCACGUACUACAACCUGCCGGUGGAGCGGGAGCGCAAGUCGGCGCUGCCGUUCUGGAGCGGGGGGGAGUACAAGCCGUACGCUGACAGCGGGUGCCACCAGGGGUUCUCGCAGCCGUGCUGGAACUACCCGUACCCGCCGCGGGGGGAGCAGGCGCUGGGCUACGUGGGCGAGGAGCGGCGCGCGGCGGUCUCGGAGGCCACCGGCUUCUCCCACGAGUAUGGGCUCCGCAACUACCCGUCAGAGUCCGUCUCCAGCGCGCCCUACCCGACGCCCGGAUCCCUCCCUGGAUCCCUCUCCAUGUCUGUGGGGGUCGGAUGCGGCUCAACAAACCCACUCGACUGGACCGGACAAGUGACGGUGCGUAAAAAACGCAAGCCCUACUCCAAGUUCCAAACGCUCGAGCUAGAGAAAGAGUUCCUUUUCAACGCGUACGUGUCAAAACAGAAGCGGUGGGAGCUCGCGCGAAAUCUAAACUUAACAGAGAGACAGGUGAAGAUAUGGUUCCAGAACAGGAGGAUGAAGAAUAAGAAGAACUCGCAGCGGCAGGCGGCGCAGGCGGCGCAGAAUAAUAACAACAACUCGAAUGCAAACAACCACAACCACCACGGCAGCCACCACCACGCGCCGCACCAUGUGCCUCUGCACCACGCGCCGCCCGCCAAGCAUCAUCAGUGACCCGCGCCCUUCUCUGGGACCUAUCCCAUCCACCACGGUAUAGCCAGUUAAACAAACGAAGCUAACCCUGUGUAGAGAGGACAACCUCCUCAAGUGGACUCGGCAUGAGUUAAGGACAAAUGUGACGGGAGUGCAUACAUGAAUGGUUUCAUGGCUCUGGGAGGAUUCGUUGAGACGUCCAAAUUGUUACCCAGGUAGAAUAGCGAAGGGACGUUAUACUAGCUAUAUCGUUUCGUACUUAAUGUGGACAAUUUGCUAGUGGUGACUGCGGAUCAUCGCUCGGUCCCAGAGAAUCUCAUAGUAAGAUAUUGUGUUGUCGAUUUGUGUAUAGUAUUAAAUAACGAAAUUAUGUUAUUGUAACGAGACUACAUGAGUAGAUAACGAUUCCUGAUAUUAUUAAUGUCUAGCAUAGUUCUAAAGUGUAUUGAAUUAUUUAAGUAUGAAUUAAAAUAUGUAUUAAAAUGUCACCGAUGAAAAUAGUUUCUAGAUAGUUUAUUGAAAUUAAAUUUUGUAACAUAUUUUGUGAGACUGCUUAUUGUUGUAUUCGUAUCGCUGAUCAUAGGGUGACUUUAGUCUUAAUCGUUUUAUUUUCGUUACCAAAUUGUUGUACUACUCGGGUUGCUUUGGUGGCAGUUACUAGAUAUCUCUUCUUAUGUCGAUCUUCAUCAGUAUCAUGAUGGCAGCAAGGAUUACUUCUAUAUAAAUACAUAUUAUUACCAUUACAAUUGACUUCUUUAAUAGGUAGUAAGAUAAAGCAGAAUGAUCAAAUAUUUAUUACUGUUUAAUUUCAUAAUUCGUAAAUUUUGUUAUAUUAAUUAUAAAUUUCUGACAAAGCUUUAACUCGGUUCCAGUAGAAUUAUUCUUUAAGUUACUGUUAUGGAUAUUUUUUUAAAUAUUGAAGUUGAUGUUAUAAUCAAUUAGUUAAAUGUGGGCAAGUGCAUUAAUUUUGUCCUGUAUUGGUCCGUACAUUUUGUUCGCUUUAGCCUUUUCCAUUUAGGGUUUAUUAUUAUUUUUGUUUUCUUUUAAUAUUUUAUUAUUUAUUUUUUCUAUUUUCAGUAACAAUUGCAAUCAGUUCAGUUAUUUAUGUACGAUUAAAUUGGGUUUUGUACAGCUCAGUUGAGUUUAUAUCUAUUGGUAUAAAUCAGUUCAUCAAUCAGUUGUUAUUGAUAUCAAUUUAAGAAUCCAAUUCUAGGAUUUAGCAUAUGAAUCCAUAGCUUAGAAUUAUUAUCCUUAUACUACUUAGCUCCCUACAUCUUCCCUAUUUUAUAAUAUCUAUGUAAUAAAUGUUUUACUGUAAACUUAGAGAUUUAUUCGGAUCUAAUUCAUUAAAAUAAAUCUGUAUUGUCCCGUAAUUUAUAAAAGAAGUUGGUCAUUUGUACAAAUGCGACCUCAUCUAGGUGUCCGAAUUUCUACUGAAUAAAUAAUCAAUGCAACAUCUUAAAAAAUCUAACGAUACAUACAUUUAAGUGUAAUUAAAUAAGCAUUUGUGUCGUACUGAUAUUUAUAUACAUACAGCAAAGUGAUUCGGAAUAUCUAAUAAAAAAUUGCAUAUACUUUGUAGAAGUAAAUAUUUUAAAAGGCAACUGCAGAUAUUGUAACCCUUUUAUUACUACGAAAAUUUACUUAAUUCUCACGUCAUAUAAAUCUGAAUCAGAUAUUUUAAGUUGAUCAAUAAUGUGGACAGUUCCUUUGUAUGUAGAUUUAAUAUGAUUAACUUACCAGUUGCCUUUUAGAAUCAUUAUUUAUCAUACCUAAACAUUUUUUACUUGGACGACACCAUUAAUCAUUGAUAUCUAGAGAGGUACAAUGAUUAGACAUAUAAACUAUGUAUAAUUAAAAGGUCUCGUAAUUAUUAUUGUACAGUUGAAUUAAUGUAGUUAAUCACGCCAGAAAAUGUAAGGUUUUGUUAAGUAUAAUAAUUAAAGUAAAUGAAUGUGCUCUCGAAAGUUAUGACGAAUUUAGAAAAGAAUGUAUGAAAGGGGAAAAAAUAAAUAUUUCGUCGUGUC